ACUUAUGUUAAGUAGGAAUCCAUAUUCAUAUUAUUAAAAUAAAAGGGCACACGAUUAAUCACUAUACUUGUCACUAGUAUGCCGACGCCGACGUGUCUGUCUCAAUUCUAGGACAAUGAUGGCAUCCAAUUUCCACCAAAAUAUCAAUUGUAAUAUUUUACUGAAAUAUCUAUUCUAUAUCACGGAUUUAAGGUGUAAUACGAUUGCAGUGGGAUUAUGUUUGUGACCGAUAUGUUGGUGUAAAUGAAAUGAUGCUUUAAACUAUUGUAAUAGGGUUGAUUGUUGGAUGAAUGUGUGGUAUAUGUGGACAUGAAAAGCCGCGCAGUCGCCCGUUUUCCACCGUCAGUCGGCUCUGUGGCGCCACUGUGCACGGUUGUGUUUAGGGGUACUUAAAAAGCCAUUUCCCGUGAUUCCCGUCAAUUGUGCAUAAAAUCUACCCAGUCAAUUCUCGCCUUCCACUUAUCAGUAUCUUCCAUAUUACCUAUAUUAUAACUGUAAUCGUAUAGACAGUAGUUUCGCUUUAUGUAGGUAUAGGCUUAAAACAAAUAUCGAAAUGUGCAAGAUCUUAUGAAAACCGGCAACGUCAGGGGCGCCAAACCAUCGGUGUGUAAGUUACGUAACUGUUCCGGGAAAAUCGAUAGCUGGGCGUAAAUAGCGACCUACGGUUGGAAACAGCUGGCCGGCAGCCAGCCAUGAUGCAGCCUUCGAGAAUGCGGAAACCACGUCGGCACCGCUGGCUGACUCUGUCGGUGGUGAUGAUCGCCUACUCCGUGUUCCAAGCGGUGAUGAGCACGCCGUCCGACCCGCCGGACAACCCGGACAAGCUGCCGGAGCCCACCGGACCAAACGUGCCUGACCUCACUAAGACUACGAAUACACUAAAAGUAUUAGCAUCUGAAGCGACUCCAAUCCUCACAAAAGAAGAGAGCACAAAUGGAGCGGACGGCAAGAAGUCCAUGAAGGGUUUCGAAAUUGAACCUGAAGAAGGGGAAAAGAAGAAACAAAAAGACGCUGGAUAUGAAGAUGGAGAAGACACGGUAGCAAUUCGAGAAAAUGAAAAAAUAGAAGAAGAAGAAGAAGACGCCAUUCCUACCGUUCAUCCUCUACGGAACUGUACGCCGCCGGCCAUUGAACAGUUCCCGCGUCCACUGAUGGGUCAGACAGCGAGGAAACACGGCGGCCUCAUCCUCCACAUCCUGGUGGCGGUGUUCACUUUCAUUGGGCUGGCUAUCGUGUGUGACGAAUACUUCGUCUCCAGCUUAGACAGGAUUUGUGAAGAAUUGAAACUAGCGCCGGAUGUAGCGGGUGCCACGUUCAUGGCAGCUGGUAGUUCAGCUCCUGAGCUGGCUACCGUCGUUAUUGGUGUCUUCUGUGCACAGGAUGACAUUGGUGUGUCCGGAGUGAUCGGGUCCGCAGUGUUCAACAUAAUGUUCGUGAUAUCCGUGUGCGCGCUGUGUGCCGGCACCGUGUCGCACCUCAACUGGUGGCCGCUCUGCCGGGACUGCUUCUUCUACGCGCUCUCCAUCCUCGUCAUGCUGUGCACCAUCGCCAAUGGAUACGUGUCCUGGCCAGAAGCGUUGUUCAUGCUGAUUAUGUACGGCGUAUACUGCGUCGCGCUGCGCUUCAACACUGCGCUGGAGCGCUGGGCGCUGACGCUGCCGCUGCCGUUCAAGCUGCCGUCGCGCGAGGAGCAGGCAGCGCUCGUCACUUACAAAAGCGGCGGAGGUCAGCCAGCCACGGCGCCGGCGGCCGAGGGGCAGUACACACAAAUGGAGGGGCAGAACAACGAUCUGCCGCAGAAACCCACGGAAUACAACCCGGAUGGAGCGUACGUCAACGCGGCGUAUAAUGCGGAGAAUGCCUGGAACCCCAACCAGGCGUGGGACCCCAACAAUGCCUGGGACGAAACCUCUUUGCAACAACCAGCCAACCCUCCAGCACAAAGCUGGGGCGAGGCUGAGCCAACUCAACAGGUGCAAUCCCCGAACCAAGCCCAAGCCCAGCCGGAAGGACAAGGCCAGGCUGUACCACAGCCACCCGCUCAGCCCGCGUACUACAAGGCGAAGGAGUACAACCCGGAGACCGCGGUAGAUCCUCUCGUCAAGCCUAUCGGAGCUAACCCAGUGCAGUUGGCGUGCUGGUACGUAGCGUACCCGGUGCACUGGUCGUGCCGGUACACCAUGCCCGACUGCCGCGGCCGCUGGUACCCCAUCACCUUCAUCAUCUCCAUGCUGUGGAUCUCCUUCUACUCGUACUUCAUGGUUUGGAUGAUCACCAUCAUUGGCUACACGCUGGGUAUCCCGGACACGGUGAUGGGCCUGACGUUCGUCGCUGCGGGAGUUUCGGUGCCGGACGCCCUGUCCUCGCUCGCUGUCAUCAAAGAAGGCUACGGAGACAUGGCGGUGUCGAACGCUGUGGGGUCGAACGUAUUCGAUAUCCUGGUGUGCCUCGGCCUGCCGUGGUUCAUACAGACCGCCAUCAUCCAACCCGGCAGCCAUGUCAACGUCAUCAGCAAAGGUUUAAUCUACUCUACAUUGUCUCUGUUCUCGACGGUGGUGUUUUUGGUGGUGGCAACACACGCGAACGGCUGGAAACUGGACCGCAAGUUCGGCGCAGUACUGAUGGUUUGGUACCUGCUCUUCAUAACCCUCGCGAGUCUUUACGAGCUCAACGUCUUUGGGAACAUCCACCCGCCAGACUGUGAAUCUAGUUAUUAGAAAAUUGCUUUCAUUUUGUGUAUGGGGAAACUUUGCUUCGAAAGAUACUUUUCACGCCCCUACUUACUUGUCUAUGGUCUUGCCUAUAUAGUGUAGUGGGUGAAAAGUGCAAUACCGGGUCUUUUCUUUUAAAGAUAUUAGAUAUUCAAAUAAAGAAGAUAAAGUAUAGUAAACCGUUGAAUAGCUUGUAUAUUUAUUAUUAGAAGAGGCGACGACAAUUGAUCGGUCUUGAAGAUUGACAUUAUGAUAGUUCUCCAACAAAAAUUUAGUCGACUAAGGCCUAGUUCGGACUACUGUAAUAUUUUAGUCGAGUACGAACUAUUUUUGGGCGGUAAAUCCAAAAAUUGCUGACCAACCCGCAUGCCCAGCGUGGUCAGUACUGGGCAAAAUUGUUCGUACUCGACUAAAAUACUAAUGUAGUCCGAACAAGGCCUAAAUGACCGAAAAAAAACCGAAAAUUUUAUAAAUCGCGAAAGCCUAGAAAUAAUUCUGAUCUACUGAAUCUACAGUCUUAAUUAUAAAAAAUGGGUUAGGAUUUAAACCACUAAUUUCUUUAAAGUAAAGUGAACUUUCACAGUAGGUAGUGUUUAGGUCCACUUUACUUUGAAAAAUAUUGAGGUUUAAAAUAUGAGUAGGUACAUGUUUAUGAAUGUGGGGGUAAUAGUUUAGUUUUGUUUGUUUUUGAAUAAAGAAAAUGGAUCUAAUGCACCAUGUCCUGUUGGUUAAAAAUGCAAUGAAUUUAGAAUUAUUUAAGAAUAUACCACAUCUUGUGAAGCAAAAUUUCUUCACAAUAUAAAACCGAGUUGAUAGAAUUCUUAUUCACCCGUUAAGUAUAUUUACAACUGUUGACGAGUCACUUACUCACACUAGUUUAGAUUUUGUGCUCUCUCGUUGCUGUGUGAACGUUAAUGUAAAAACUUUAUGAUUGUGUGUUUGGACAGCAAAGUUUGUGUUACCAUAAAAUCAAAAUCAAAAUCAAAAAUCAUUUAUUUCAAGUAGGCUCAGUUUACAAGCACUUUUGACACGUCAGUUGACUAUUUGUAAAGAUUCUACCACCGGUUCGGAAGGCAGGUAUAGGGCAGGUAUAUAUACAGGCCAUAUUCACUAAAUUACCCUGAAGACUGGGAAUUUGAAAUUUGACGCAUCAAAUGCGAAGGUUGCAUAAACAAUAUAAACUCUACGAUUGUAAGAAAGUGACAAAUGAUCAUUCCCACCCUUUCUCAUGAUUAACCGAGAUGAAAUAGUGCAGCGCAGUGUAACUAUCGAUAAGAAAUUGUUAUUUUUGGUUUUUGUAAAUACAUUUAAAAAAAUACUAAAUCAUGUAUUUACUUCCUAAUCUUGCCUUACUGUGGUUUCAGUAUUAGUCUACAGUGUGAUUUAGUGAAUAAUAUAAAAAUGACGUAAAAUUCAGUAUUCAAUCAUUUCUACUUUUUCAGAAAUUGCGUUCGAACUAACACGUUUAUGUCUUGACAUAUUAUUAUACCUAUAGGUAUACUAAAUCAAAUAUCAUUACUUUUCUAUUAAUUCGCUUGUAUAUUAAUAUGUAAAUUAAAUAGUGAGGUUUAGGUAUAAAUAACGAAAUCCCUUGGGAUGCGAUUUACAAUGCUCCAUAGAGAAAAAGGUCAGCACUACUUUUAAACCUUUCAAUUAGUGUAGUUUAGUUAUACUAAACCAACCCUUUUGAACCUGUCAAUUUAGUUUAGAUAUUUUCGGUCUACAACUACUCUUAAUAGAGUAAAAUGGGCUCUUACUAUUUCUACUUGAAACCACUUGAUAGAGCGAACGCAAUUUUCUAGCCUUUCUAUUGAUAAAGUAAUUAAGAAAGUUUAAGUAGAAUUGUUUAUAUCGCCUAUAGAAUUAAAUAAAUGCCACAAUCUUAUGAUUGAAUGAAACAUCGAUUGUAGCUUAUCUACGAGUAUUUAUAAUAUUUAGGAGUAGAUUUUUUCUGUGAUUCUACAUUUUUUUAAUUACUACUCAGAUGGUUUUAUUUUUGUAAAUAAUAACACUUAGAGUAGCUAUUUACAUUUUUAAUCUGUUAAGAAGUGCCAUAUUAUUUUUCUAAGUUUUUAUUAAUUUACGUUGUAUAGGUCGCGUCAAACUUCAAGUCCGCUCUGAAAUUCCAAAAUAUAUUAACAGCUACAGCGAAGAUAUCUACUUCUUUUAAAGCUGUAAAAUUAUUUAAGGGUAAAUUAUGUAUGUACCAACAAAUUAAUACUAGUUUAAUCGAAAACUAUCAAUUUUUUCAUGUAAUAUCUACCAAUUUUAAUUUCCUGUCCAAAAUAUCGAAAGUACAGUUUUACAACACAAAUACUAAUUUUGCAGUCACACGCCGAAACCAUGUCUAAAAUUCGUUUUCCAUUUAAUUAUUUAUUAAUAUGUUUAUUUCUUUAUUACCUUAUUUAUGGAAUUUGUGUAAGUAGGUAGUAUUUCUGUAAAAAAAUGCCUUUAACCACCAAAUUACUUUUUCGCACAAACUUAUUUUUCGAAUAAUUUUUAACCAAGAUGAAUUUAAUUGAAAAUAAAUAAUAAAAAAAUAACUGUCUGUUAUCGUUCCUCACAAAUCCUUAUAAAUACAGAAAUUUACAAUUUCAAAAUAGCACCGUCUUAUUUCAAAAAUCAAUUCUCAGAAUAGGAUGACACUUUUUAGUUUAAUUAUUAGAUUUGUCUUUAACAGAAUUGUACCUAAGUAGGUAAGUUUAAUGUCUUCUAAUAAAAUAUACAGCAAUAUUGUUAGAAUUUAAUCAAUUUAUUUUACGGAAAUGUUUUGUUUAGCAAUAUCAGAAAUUCUCAAUUUAAGGUAAAAUCUUUAACAAGUAUAACUACCCAGCUAACUUAGGUAUUAAGUCUAAUAAUAUUAAAAUGAAUCAUUUAAUUAAGGAGACAAAUAUUUAAAGCCAAAAGUGAAUAAAUCUUAUAAAAUAUUUUUUCUGUAUGAAUGUAAAAAGUUGGUGGAAAAGGCCCAAAAGUAAUAAUACCUAUAUGCGGUCGUGUUAUUUAGAUAUGCAGAUAUUUAAGGCCCCAUUAACAUGACAUUACCUACCUAAUCUAAUUUUGGUCAAUAGUGAAUGGAAUAAGAAAUCUUAACAAUUUGAACUAAUUAUGGUUUAAAAAGAUUUCUUGAAAGUAUAAACCAUCAAUAAAAUGUAUAUAUUACCCGCAGUGCCGUGGUGAUCUAUUUAUAUCGAAUCCAUAAUAACGAAAUAAUAUUAUCAAUAAGAAAUUAAUAAUUAUACUAAUUGUUAUGUCGUUAUUGAACUUACUAUCGAUGUAAUAUAUUUAUGUUUACUGUUUAGAUAAUUAUUUAUGAAUGUUUGUGUAGGUUUAGUAGGUUUAAUUUUUAAAUGUGUACAUUUUAGAGACCUAAUCAUAGCGUCCUAAAUUUUUCAAUUUCGUGUCCCAAAGUGUGAAUGAAGGUAUGUAUGCCUGUUGUUUAUUAUACAGAAUUUGUACUUACCUAUAGUAAAAAUUAAAAUCUUACACAGUGUAGUGACAUGUAAUAGGUACCUAUAUUUUAUUUUAUUAAUUUUGUACGGAUGUUUAAGUACGUUCAUUCAUCUUUUUAUACCACUACCCUUCAUCAUACUUUUUUAUAUUUUUUAUCAAUUUUAAGGUAGUUUUUAUCUUCAGCGAGGCAACACUAAAAUACUUAUCUCUGUCUUAGGCCGUACAGAUUACUAAAGUAGUCCGAACUAGGGUCGAGUACAAACAAUUUUUGGAUUUGCCGCCCAAAAAUUGUUCGCACUCGACUAAAAUACUAAAGUAGUCUGUACUAAGCGUCUACGCUAUCCACUGGGUAACCAGAGUGAGUCUCUACAAACUGCGUGCUGAAACCGUUGAAACCCACAAAAAAUAAAAACAAAAGUCACGCGUCUUCAUAACAUCCGUUACAAACUUUUUUCUUUUGUAUUUCAAAAUAACACUAACAGCAAUUACGUAAAUUAAUAUACUCAAUAAUAACCAAUAAAAAAAUACUCCAUGUUAUUUCUUAGGUCCAUGGUAUUAGGUUUUGUAAACAAUUUUUAAAUUACUUUUAUUAUUUAAAAACAUAUGACGAUAUUCAAGAAAAAUGGUUUCUUGAAUAAUAUUGUAAAUUACCUACUGAUGCGACGCUUCGUGUUGUAUUGACACGAGAAUGUAUUCGUUUUUGAAUUUUGUAUUUGGAGCGACUACGACACUGUCAUGUUUUGUGUGCUCUAUCUGCCUAUUAUUCUUUAAUCUGUGUAUCUAUCUAAGAAAAACAUCGGCAUUUAUUUUUUAAUUGUAUUGAAGAUCGUAACGCCAUCCUAUAGCUGUUUGGAGUACUUAAAACAUACAGUACCUGAACCACAUAUAUGGAUGGUGCUAUAAAAUGUGUGUGUAAAGUCACAAUAGACUUUUAGAAAUAUGUAAAUUAUAAAUGCAAAACCUAACUUGGUACAAAAUUGUAUCAGUCUUUCGACCCCUUUGCUGAGAAAUUUACAUGUACCAGUAUUUAUAUACAAGAUUUGUUAGUUUAAAUAAUACUUACACUUGGACGCAAAGAAAUCAAGCUACCAUUGCCUGUGUUUCUUAGAACAUCAGCUAUCUGCCAGUGAAACUCCCAACAAAAUCGGUCUAAUCGUUUCUGAAGUUAACCGGAUAGCUUGUCUGUUCGUUCCAAACAAAACUUUGGGUUAUUAAAAAAAAUAUUAAAAAUUAAAUCUGAAAUAAAAAAAUAGGUAAAUAGGUAGGUACAUAAACAAAACAGAAAAUGCAUGGUUAAAUUUCUUUGCUCCCAGGUGUAUAAUAUAGUAGCCUUCCGGUCUUGGCGACCGCGCGACCAACUGCCUAUUAUGAAUUUAUAAGGAGCACUGUCAAAGUCCGAGACCGCGACGCGCGACCACUUUUGUUUAGUGCUCCUUAAAUAAAUUCAUAAUUCGAAUAUUGACAUCCGUGUUAUCACAAGGUAAAAACCCUAAAAUUAGAGGGUCGUGCGACCCUGUCGCGGUCGCCAAGAACGGUAGGCUACCUUUAGAUGUAAUGCGUUGUAUGUAUAAAGCACCAGUAGUAAACUUAUAGCUAAAGGGCGCUAUAUUUGUCGGAGUCAUGCCGACGAUGGUAAUAAUAUGCAAUCUUCCAUACAUUCAUUAUCUGUUAAAAUAAUAUAGUACCUUAUAUUUGUUACCUAUUUAUUUAAGUUCUACGAACCUAUUUUGUGUGCAAUGUAUAAUAAUUUAUGAAAUUAUAAUAAAGAGUAAUUCGUUAAAUGUU